AUGCCGCUCGGCAAGCGGCCCUUUGUCUACACGGAUUACGUCCCUCACGACGUGAUCAGUGGAGACUUUGACUCGCUCCGCCCAACGAAGACCAUCACGCCCGGGUCCCUAAUGGGGUGUCCGGUGGGUGCGCACCACUCGAGCAACAGGCACGCCAUCAGCAAGAUCAAGAACGAACAGGCCUUUUGCAACAUGCUCUACGCGUGGACCCGGAACGAUGAGGGAGAACGAGUUGCCCGCGCCGGCUGUCUGGGCUUCGAGCUCCAGUGCUGGGCUCUCGACACGAUGUUCUUGUACCUAUACGACAAGCGCCCCGAGACAGAGGAGGAGAAACGCGACAUAAUCGCCGCGGUCGACAGUUUCGCGGGCGAGGUGUCCCGCCGCACGAAUCAGCCAAUUUGGAUGUGGCUCGAGCCCGCCCGCAUCCGGAGCUUCACGACGGGCUUCGGCUUCCUCCGUGACAUGGCGCUCAAGUGCAAGGACGACGACGACGCGCCACUUCCCGGCUUCAUGCGCCAGAGCGCUGGGAUGCGCGAGUGGGAGAUCAACGACGAGCUCGUGCUCAUGCUCGCGGCCUCAUUCGAGAGCACGGCCCACACGGUGGCGCAGUGCAUGCUGAUGCUCGCGAACGACCCGGAGCGCCAGAGCAUCGCCGCGAAGGAGGCGCGACGCACGCUGGAGGCGGCGCCUGAAGGACGACUCUCGACGAAGGACAUUCGGGGCUGCAAGGAUGUGAUGCAUGUGCUCUACGAGGCACUGCGCCUGCACCCGACGAUCCCGUUUUCGGCGCGCAAGAUCCACAAGUGCAUUCAGAUGGAGGUUCCGGGGCCAAGGGGUCGGGCUCCAACGCGGAUCCGCAUCCCCGCCAAGUGCUACCUCACGUACUUCAAGACUGCAAUCGGCCAGAACCCGCGCGUCUUCGACAACCCACUAGAGUUCCAGCCCGAGCGCUACGAUCACCUUCGGACGCGCGAGGAGAAGCACGCGGCUUUCCUGCCGUUCGGCGCGGGCCCCCGACGGUGCUGGGGCCAGGAGCUCGCCGAGAUCCAGGCGGGGCAGCUCCUCAUUAGGAUGCUUGCGGAGUUUGAGCUCUUCUUGCCGCACACCGGAAGCGGUGAGGACAAGGACGAGCACGGGCUGCCGAAAAAAGGGGUGCCGGCGAGUCUCGACGCCGUUCUCACAGCUCACCAAGCGGCCAAGGCGAAAGGGCGCCUUCAGAGGAAGACGUCCGUGGCUUCCGUCUCCGUUGCCGCACCCGACGUCGACAUGCUCGCGGUGGUUCCGCGGCUUUGGCCCGGCGAGGAGGAGAUGCAGAUGGAUGCGCAUGCGGCGGCGGCGAAGGAGGGCGGCGGGAAGAAGGAGAGCGAGGUCGCGCGAGGCCGGCAGGAGCGGGCCAAGGCGGCCGUCAAUGCCGACGACGCCGCCACCGUGGCGGAUGGGAUUGCUCCGUCGCAAGAGGACGCGCAGGCGGCAGCUGAGGCGAAGGUCGCGGCCGACGCGGCGUGGGCAAAGUCGGCCAAGGUGGUCGCGGCGAGGAAGCAGCAGACGCGGCGCGAGAUGGAGGAUGUUGCGCAGACGGCGGGGGCAAGGCGCGCGGCCAUCAUGGCCAAGUUUGGCGGAGGUGUGAAGCGGCGCCCUUCGAACCCCACCGCCGCCGCUCCCGCCAAGGUGGCGGACGAGGAGGAGUACUUUUGA